AUGAUGCCCACACCAGUGAUCCUGCUGAAGGAGGGGACCGACUCGUCUCAGGGAGUGCCCCAGCUCAUCAGCAACAUCAACGCAUGUCAGGUGAUAGCUGAGGCUGUGAGGACCACUCUGGGGCCCCGUGGCAUGGACAAACUCAUGGUGGACCCAAGAGGCAAAGCCACAAUCUCCAACGACGGGGCCACCAUCCUGAAGCUGCUGGACGUGGUACAUCCUGCUGCCAAAACACUGGUGGACAUUUCUCGCUCGCAGGACGCUGAGGUGGGAGAUGGCACCACCUCUGUCACGCUGCUGGCGGCUGAGUUCCUGAAGCAGCUGAAGCCGUACGUGGAGGAGGGGCUCCACCCACAGACCAUCAUAAGGGCGUUCCGCACCGCCACCAGCCUGGCAGUCAACAAGAUCCGGGAGGUCUCUGUGUCUGUGAAGAAAGACGACAAACGGGAGCAGAGAGAGCUGCUGGAGAAGUGUGCCGCUACGGCCCUCAACUCCAAGCUCAUCGCAGGACAGAAGGACUUCUUCUCCAAGAUGGUGGUGGACGCAGUCAUGUCUCUGGAUGAGCUGCUGCCGCUCAAGAUGAUCGGCAUCAAGAAGGUUCAGGGAGGAGCUCUGGAGGACUCCCAGCUGGUCCUGGGCGUGGCCUUCAAAAAGACCUUCUCAUACGCUGGCUUUGAGAUGCAGCCCAAGCGCUACGACAACCCUCAGAUCGCGUUGCUCAACGUAGAGCUGGAGCUGAAGGCUGAGAAGGACAACGCAGAGGUCCGCGUCAAGUCUGUGCAGGACUACCAAGCCAUUGUAGACGCUGAGUGGAACAUCCUGUAUGACAAGCUUGACAAGAUCUACAAGUCUGGGGCCAAAGUGGUGCUGUCCAAGCUGCCCAUCGGAGACGUGGCCACGCAGUACUUUGCCGACAGAGACCUGUUCUGUGCAGGCCGCGUGCAAGAGGAGGACCUGAAGAGGACCAUGAUGGCCUGUGGCGGCUCCAUCCAGACUUCUGUGGGGAACAUGACCCAAGACGUCCUGGGACAGUGCGAGCUCUUUGAGGAGGUGCAGUUGGGAGGAGACAGGUACAACUUCUUUAAGGGCUGCCCCAAAGCAAAGACCUGCACCAUCAUCCUGAGAGGAGGAGCGGAGCAGUUCACAGAGGAGACGGAGCGCUCCCUGCACGACGCCAUCAUGAUAGUGCGCCGUGCUAUCAAGAAUGACUCUAUUGUGGCCGGAGGCGGCGCAAUAGAGAUGGAGCUGUCCAAAUACCUGCGGGACUACUCCAGGACCAUACCAGGCAAACAGCAGCUGAUUAUUGGAGCCUACGCCAAAGCUCUGGAAAUCAUCCCCCGCCAGUUGUGCGACAACGCAGGCUUCGAUGCCACGAACAUCCUGAACAAGCUGAGGGCCAAACACGCACAGGGCGGCAUGUGGUACGGCGUGGACAUCAACAAUGAGGACAUCGCAGAUAACUUUGCUGCGUGUGUGUGGGAGCCGUCUGUUGUGCGGAUCAACGCGCUGACCGCUGCCUCUGAAGCCUCCUGCCUGAUCCUGGGGCCGGGGCAGGGGCCGCGGCAGACCCCACGCACACUGAGGACUGUGCACUGGACUUUUCCUGUUUUUUACUGUUGUCACGGCGGGAAUGUGGAGCGGGAGUGA